UUGAAACUUCAUAGAGUAACAUAACAUCACCUCUCCAUCUACUAAGUUUUAUCCUUCUCCAUCUUCUAUAUUUCCCAAAUGGAUCUCUGCGGCAUUCUCAAACACUCAGAAAUGAAAGAUUACUUUAUGGUUGCAAAGAUCUCAUCACAGUCCUACCCAGAGAUCCAACCGUCAUUUGUGAAAGCUUACGGUCAGGAACUUACAAAAUGUUGGACCAUAAUGAAUAACCAAGGUUUACAUGUUGAACUCAUUUAUAACCAAAUCGAAAUGCAUCCGCUCGUUCUAAGUGGAUGGCCUUGUUUGGAAUCGUAUUACAAUCUACCAUCGGAGGUUGUUUUGACGAUUGGAUAUUAUGGCAACAACAACUUUUCGGUUUUAUCAUUUGUGGAGGUGUUGAGACCCCAAGAUUUACCACGUUUUCAUAGCAGAAACGUGUUUUCAGAAGACAUAUAUUUUUUCGACGUAGAUCUCCAUCCUUUCAGUGUUGAUAUCCCAAAAUUAAAAUUGCAGGAGGAUUUUGCAACCUUCCUUAGAGACAACGCGUAUGAAUACAUUGUGCUGUGCGGUGACAAUGGGAAGAAUAAAUUCAUGUCUACCUUAAAAAUUGAAGAUCCUCGACGCACAAAGAUAGGAUAUGGAUGGGAUGAUUUUUGCAAGUCCAACAACUUCAAAUGCGGAGAUAGGAUUCGAUUUAGGUUAGAUGUUACUUCCUUGGACAAAACUUGUUACGUGUAUUUAAUUGCAUGAGUGUAAGAAAAUAAUAACAUCAUAACAUGGCCUUUUGCUACUGAUGCUAUUUAUAUUUGCCAUAUAUAUUAAGUCUUUCGUCCCAUACCAAUAAUAGCUUUUUCGAUCACAUUAAUAUACUGUGAGGCAUCUUCAUUACAGUAGCUUAGAAUCUUGUUUUCCUUACAAUCUACAAUCCCUGCCAAGUUUCAUAUAUUACAGUAGACAUAGUUAUCAAAAGCACGUGAAAGUACACCAGUUUAGCAAAAUCUGUCCACAUGAAUCCUGGUGUAUGUUUUCAUGGUUGGGGAAUUCCUAUCAGGCAGAGUACCCACUGGUACAUUAAGCAAGUGUCCUGCAUGCGUUAUUUCAAACAAUUAAGACCGUCGAGCAUAUAAGCGUUGACAUAAAAUCCGGGAAAAAGCAAAACUUUGACUUACCUUAGAUAUUGUGGAAAACCUCUUUAUACACGACAUUUGUAGUAGUAGACUUUAACUUGUCGUUUUCAUCGUAUACCAAAAUUUUGAUUCCUUGCUUCGUUGUUACCCUGGACAGUGCCACGUAGAUUUGGCCAUGAGUAAAUACGUCUCUUGGCAAAUAAAGUCCUACCGUGUCCAGAGAUUGUCCUUGGGAUUUAUUGAUCGUCAUCGCAUAUGAGACAAUUAUUGGAAAUUGACGUCGUUUGAGUUUGAAGGGCCAAGGAGAUUGCGAGGGAGACAUAUCCAUUCGAGGGAUGUAGACCAAGUUUCCACAACCUUUCCCCGCCAUUAUUUUCGCCUCGAUGACAUGAUUUCCCAUUUUGGUUAUCAUGACCCUUGUCCCGUUACAUAGACCCUCCGACUGAUCUAUGUUACGCAUAAGCAUAACAGGUGUGCCUACCUUGAGCCUAAUGAGGUGGUUAGGUAAACCUGAAGUAGUUAGCGAACUGAGAAACUCGGGUGUGAGUAUAUCGACUACGUUGGUGUCGUGUAUUUCAGACCUGUCGACAGUAUUUGAGCUGUAGUAAUCCUUGGUCACCCCUAUAUAUCAUAGAAAUUUGGAUGUAAGUGAGUUUAAUAAAUGAAAAACACAAUUUGAUAUAAUUGGAAUAUGAUGAGAACCUGGCAUUAGAUCAAGGACAUGAUUGUUGAUUCGAUCAACUACUUCCAAAGUAGAAGCAAGUAUCGCCUUACUUUUGAGGUAGUCGUUAUCCUGGUAAUUUUCACUAAAAUCAGGAUAAGUACUAUUAACGAUGGCCACGAUUGGGUCUGUGUAAUCCGUGAUCAAAAGUUCUGGUGGCAGCUGAAUGUCGGCGAAUCCAUCAUUUGGCUCGGAAACUCUGCCUUCACCAAUCUCCAACAGCCACUUUGAGAAGUCGGCAAUUUCUUUCUUUUCAGCUUCAUUAGGCCCGGAUUGCAGUCGCAUGUUUUGUGUUAGAGUUAAAACCUCAACUGACCGCCAUAUGUAAGAAGCAUUUAUGGCAGAAUGAACGAUAUCGGAACGGCUCCCUCUAGGAACAACGGGCAAAAUCUGUCUAAAAUCACCUCCGAAAACAACUACCUUACCACCAAAGAUUUCAUUGGAAUUACCGUACGUAGACAUGACGUCCUUCAAAGUUCGAUCGAGUGCUUCAAAUGCAUGUUUGUGUGCCAUUGGUGCUUCAUCCCAGAUAAUAAGUUUGGUCUGUCGUAAAAGGUCUGCAACGUCAUCAUUGAAUUCAAUAUUGCAUGUUGAAUUCUCCAUUGUUGGCACAGGUAUCUUGAAUUUAGAAUGUGCAGUUCUACCACCGGGCAACAAUAAAGAAGCUAUUCCACUCGUUGCCACGGUAAGACAUAUAUCAUGUUUGGACCUCAAUGCACUUGCAAGUGUUCGCCACAUAUAAGUCUUACCGGUACCACCGUAACCAUGCAGGAAGUACACAGCACCCUUUUGAGCGCAAACAGACGACAUAAUUUUAUCAAAUAUUGACCGUUGCUCAUCUACAAUGUAUGGCAGAAACUUUAAAUUAUGAGACUGAUAUAAGUGCGAGGGAAGU